AUGGAAGCGCCGCCGCUCUGGGAGCAGUGUGUGGCGGCUUUGGUAAAGCGGUUCCUCGUCAUGGCCACGGAGGAGGCCGCUGGCGAGGCGCCGCACCACCGCAGGCGAAGGGCGGCACUGGCGCUGUCGGCCGAGGUAGCGGCAGUGGGCGACAGGGUCGCGCAGGCCAUGCUCCGCGCUGAGCUGGUGGACGACUACACGCUGCCCCUCUUCGCCGCACUCCCCGGCGUCACCCGUCUCCCCCUCCAGUACGAAACUCCGUUUCUGUCCCGCGGCGCACUGACCGGAGCCGCAGCACUGUGCGGGAGCCUUCGUUCGCUCGACGCGACAGCCACGCGGGUGGAUGACUCGUUUCUCGAACAGCUGGCGCAGAGUCAAGCCGUGGGCACGCUCGAGCAGCUGGACCUCAGCCUCUGCGGCAUCACCAACGCAGGCCUGGCGCAUCUGCGCCCCUUCACACAUCUGCGAUCGCUGGUCGCCCACAAAUGCUGGCGACUCGACGACAAGUGCACCGAAGCACUGGACGUAUCGUUUAUUGGGCUCUCGGAUGCGCUCCUGGACCCCUUGUUGGCAUGGGUCGAGGGUCCCGCUGAAGAUGAGCGCCAUCAGGCCCUCCCGAGCCUCACCUCCCUUUCGCUGCGAGAGACCAACAUCACCCCGCAGGGCAUCGAGCGCUUCCUUACGCGAGGGAUCGAGAAGUUCGUCAAGUUCCACAUUCCGCCGAGCUACAUCUUCAGGUCGAUGGUGGACGACGACGACGAGGACGAGGACGAGGAGGACCGGAGGUGGGGCCAGUGGAUCGACACCCUGGUCCGCUGCCUGACCACCUGCCCGCUGCUCACGCGGCUGCCCCACUGCCUCCUCGGCGGCGAGCUCCUGCCGCACAUCGCACUCGCCGAUGAUGACGUCGACAAUGAUGUCGACACACUCACGCCACGGCGCGGUGAGAAGGCCGAGGGCAAGACGAAGAAGAAGAAGGAGGAGGAAGAAGAAGAAGAAGAGAAGAGGCCGCUGCGCUUUCCGCAGCUGAGGCGCCUGGAGAAGCUGCGGAUGGAGUACAACGACACGCGGUCGGACGUGCCGUCGGUGGACCACCUGGCCGCGUUCAUCGCGUCGUCGUGCCCGUCGCUCACCAGCUUCGCCAUCGACACCGGCUACCAGGGCGGCUUCAUCCCGGCGCACGAGCUCGCCCUCGCGCUCGGCGCGCUCGACCACCUUCUCGCCCUCGAGCUCAGCGGCGUAGACUUUGACUUUGUCGCCGCCGCCGGCGGCGCCGUGGCCUGCGGGCCGCGCCUGCCCCUCUGCCGGCCGCCGCCGUCGGUCGUGUCGCCGGCCUUCACGGGCCUGGCCAAGCUGGUGGUCUCAUCGUCGCAGGUGGCCUUUGCCGCGCUCGACCAGUUGACCCAGCUCCCGCGGCUCAACAAGCUCGUGCUCGAGCUCGUCACCUUCACCCUCGACCACGACCACGACAACGACCACAACAAUGACGACGACGCCGAUGGUGAUGAUGGUGAUGAUGACGUCAGCGUGGAGAGGUGGGUGGAGCGAAAGUGGAGCGAUACGGUGGCGGGGCUGCGCAAGCUGCGGACGCUGCAGUGGUGCCAGUGCACGUUCGAGCCGCCGCUGACGGUGACGAUGCGGCUCGACUUGCGCCACCCGAAGCUGGCCCGGCUCGACUGGCGCGCGUCGGACGAGGGCGAGCCGGCCCAACUGGUGAGGCUCGAGUGCCCGCGGCUCAAGCGCCUGGCGCUCCACCUGGACCACCUGCGGCUCGGCCCCGGAUUGACGCUGGCGGGACUCGUGGCCGCGACGCCGCUGCUGCAGACCCUGCGGGCCGACGUGCCGCACGACGACGACGACGCCGACGCCGACGCCGAUGCGCUCCAGCGCGCCGUUCAGGGCCUGGGCCGGCUGCACGAUCUGUCGCUAGACUUUGUGGCGUCGAUCGGCGACGAACUGCGGCUGCGCCAGGUGGGCCAGAUCGCGUCGCGCAGCCUGCAGCAGCUGUCGCUGACCCACGCGGCGGCCACGACCGAAGGCCUGCGGCGGGUGCUGGAGGGCUGCCCGCGGCUGGUGGGCCUCAGCCUGUUCGACAUCGAGGGCGUGACCCAACUCAACGACGUCCAGCACGCCGCACUCUCCACCGUCCACCUGGCCAACAUGCCGCACCUCUCCGGCACGCUCAACCUCCAAGGAAUGGUGAAUCUGGUGACGCUGCUGUUGUGGGAGGUGCCCGGGGUGACGAAGCUGGUGGUCGCCGGCAGCCAGGCGUGCGACGAGGUGGGCGCGCACCACUGCGCCGCGCUCGCCGAGGUGGUGGUGGUCGACAGCCCCAGCCUGGAGCGGCUAGCGCUCACCCACAACCCCGACCUGGCCAGCGUGGCCGUCGUGGCGCCGCGCCUGCAGUCCCUCUGCAUCGAAGCCGCGCCGCAGCUGCGCAGCGUGGACCCGCUCGAGUGCCCUCUGGCGACCGAGCUGCGCCUGGUAGACCUGCCCCUCGUGCCGCAGGCCGUCUACGAACACGUCGCGCGGCACUGCACCAAGCUGAGCCAUUUGGUCACGUCGAGGGACUAG